AUGCAUCAACAACCCCGAGUCCCGGCACGGGUCUCGAGCCCCGGCGCGAAGCCCCAGACGAAUCUCCCCCGAUCAAAUACUGCCCGAGAAGCCGCGUUGGGCUCCCGGCCUCGCGCUGGGUCAUCUUUCUCGAGUAGAGAUGCUCCGAGAUCACCGACUCUUGAGACCCCACCGCCUGUGGGACUUCCCGCCGAUUCUAUCAAGAAGCUCGAUCAGAUAAUACAGAAUUUCUAUGCCAAGACAGCAACAUUAGUCCUCGAUUCCCGUAUCAAGGUCAAGCCUGCACGAGGAGCCAACGGCGCACGGAAACCUAACAAAUGGUUCCAAAUCGAGACGGAUGAGAUUGACGACUUUAGAGAUGAUCUCAAGAUCUGGAAGACCUGUGGCAGUUUCGAGAACCACCCACCUGCGAUGGUUAUCGAGGUUUAUCUGGACACAUCUCGCUUAAAAGAAAGUCAAAGUCUCGUCAUUGUUGACGAGAAUGGCAAAAGAUGGGACGUGAUGGAGCAGCUCAACUCCUCAGGGUCAUCAACUGACAGCUCCUCUGGCGCAUCCCGGAGGAGUUCUGAGGUCAUCAUUGAGAGAUGGAAAGUUGAGCUCAAGCACGCGGGCAUGCCGCCCACCGACUUUGGCCUCAUCUUGCCCACCGUUUACAAAAAGGCCAUCGUCUUCUUCCGCUCGCUCUUCACCGCCACCCGCCUGCUUCCAGCAUGGAAGUUUGCUAGCCAGGGACCAGCUAAGAGCUCCCAUCCAGCACUUACCCCUCGAUGCAGAGUACGCAUGUCCGACUCAGAGCGUCCACGAUAUGAUCAACUACGGUUUUCCAUCGAUGGGAGACCAGAUAACGUAACAGAGUACAUGUUUGGUGAUUUGGAGAUUCCCGUGGGACGACUGAGCACUGUUGUUACGUAUCGUAACGACUGCAACUUCCGGGUCGAUGACUCUGAGGCCCUAUUGAGCUCUCGUUUCAUGGGCGUAGACGAAAACUUCUUCCGACCUUCACUUCCUCAGCAGACUGAUAGGCCGCGUGUGCCGAUGGCCGAGGUCGGAUCAUUACGAGAUAACCGUGCACGCCCGAAUCUGAGUGAUAUGCAACAGGUUUAUGGAAGCCUUUCGACAUUCCAUGGAAACGUUCCUUUGGGUACCAGCCCCAUCUCAGCGCUGAGGGCGGUACGGGCCCCUGGAUCUGACACCAGCUCACCUCCUGGUUCUCUACCAGUACACAAUGAGGUGGAUGUGCCAAACUCGUUACCAACUCGGCAGGGCUCGACACGAGUGCCGGCACGAACGGAAACUCCUCAUAGUCGCAGACCAUCAGUGUCAUUUCAGCCGUUCAAGGCUGGCUCAUUGUCGGGAUCACCCGUUCCCCGCCAGAUCGAGCCCGAGCCAGCCUCUCCCCAGUCCCUGACACGUCCGGGGAUGAUCCCGUCUCUUCGGCAACCAGGCAACCGCACGUCCCUCACGGCCGGUAUGCCGGCAUCUCUACGGGGUGGGCCCCCUCAGUCUGUCGACAACGCCGUCACCGGGUCUCCUCGGCCGGCCUCGACAAGCCGAUACAGCAGCAGCUUUACCCACCGCCGUGGACGCCUGUCGUUUGGAGGUGCCAGCAGGGCGGGCGAUGAUGAGCAGGGCAGCAGUGGAAGACAGAGUCUGGCUUCAUCAGUGGUCCAGCCAGGCUCGGGACUUCUUGCUGAAGUCGCCGGCACCAGCUCCGAGUCGCUUCAGAACGAGGAUGAUAACAUCUCCGAGUUCCUCAAGGCACUCGACAGCAAGAAGACAUUAAAGAGCUUUGAGCCUUCGAAAAAGGGAGAAUCGGCCACAAACAGGACGGUGGCACAGCUUUCCCGGUUUCAUAUGAUGAAGGACUCCAACAACGCUCUUACUGAGUCGAUGACAUCGUCGGUGCAGAUGCAUCGAUCAUCAAGCUCCUCCAGCCGGCAGCUGACAAGUGUGCCGGGGAUGGUAGCACCAGCGUCCAUGUCUGCGUCAUCAUCUCCUGGAAAGCCCCUAUCGCCACAUACUCCUCACACACCAGCGAUUCCAUCUCGACUAAGCGAGAAUUCAAUCAUUGACUACAACAACCAAGGCCGGAUCGCUGCACAGCAGAGACAGGCGCCAGAUAGUGCCCUGCCCGGGCCCAUUAGGGAGAACACGGUCACUCAAGAUGGUACUGGAGCCAUCGAUAUACCCCUCUCACCACGACUGGGGACCUACCAGCGUCGCGCGAGCUCUGUCGCAUUGCAGAACCGCGCGUUGGCUGAUGAAGAUGAAACGGACCUGGCAUUUGCGCAUCGCAGCAUCAGCUUGGGGGCGGAUGACAGAGAGGUGCCCAGCCUGAGCAUCUUGCGGGGCCGGCAGGCGCAGCUGGAGGAGGAGUCAACGGCAAGGGAGUCGAGCAGACUCCAGCCAGCUGCCGAGAUCGAGAGUACUGACCCACCAGAAAUGAUGCAACAAGGACUCUCGGAAGACAACCCUCCUGAAGGGCUCAUCCCAGCGGUGACAUCCAGCUCUCCCUUUGGACGACGCCGAUAUAUGGGAAUGCCUUCACACAGGCAGACGCCACCGCAGUCUUCGCGUGGAAGCUUCACUGGAUCCAUCAACCGACCGGGACGUGGAGAUGAUGACUCGGUCGGCGAAGAGCCAUUGGUCUUUGACCUCUCAGAGAUGGAUGCCCAAGGCCGACGGAGCAUUGAAGAAGGACGGAGUAGUGCCCAGGACGCGCCAGGCAUCGGCUCUGACCGAGCGGGAUACGAAAGCCGCAGCGCCUCUCGACGAGGGUGGUAA